UUGACAAAUGGUGUGGGUGCAGAUUGUGUGGCCAAGUGCCAGGACAGGUGCAAGACUCACCCGUCAGCCAAGAGGUUCUGCCAGAAGAUAUGCACCAGGUGCUGCAUGAGCUGCAAGUGCGUUCCAACCGGUCCCAUCGGCUCCAACGCUGAGCAGUGCAAGAACUGGACCGCUACUCUCUACCAUGGCGUUCCUUACAAGUGCCCUUAA